AUGCCCGGCCCCAAUAUAAGGAGACGCCGUCCCCGGCCCCCCGGCCACGGACAGUCCGUCCAAAGCACCAAGCGAGACCUAGGGCCCGUCCGAUACCGCACACAAAGGGAAGCCGCCGACGCGGAAACGCGUCCGCCAAAGAGAAGGCGUUCGGCAGGCAGGCACCGAUUGGCCAGCGCAAACGUGGACAAAGUCCCUAACGCAGUCUCCACCCGCCCCCCCGCAAAGCGACCCGUUCCCCAGACAUCCCCUGCUAGCCCUCAUCACCAUCGACCCCCCGGGCCUCAUCUACGUCGGCAAGGACAAGUUCGAAAGCACGUCGCUCCCCCUCCCCCUCCCCCUCGCGACCGGAAUGCUGACUCCUUCCGUCCUGCUUCCUACCUCCUACAGAUGAGGAUCUCAUCAACACCACCGCGAGAGAGACUGACGCAGCAGCGCCUCAAGUUCCACGCCGACAAGCUCUCCAGCGCGCACGUCUACCUCCGGAUGCGCGACGGCCAGAGCUGGGACGCCCUCCCGCCGCCGCUCGUCAUGGACCUGGCGCAGCUCACAAAGGCCAACUCGAUCGAGGGCAACAAGCGCGACAACGUGACGGUCGUGUACACGCCGUGGAGCAACCUCCGCAAGGACGGGUCCAUGGACACGGGCCAGGUGUCCUUCAAGGACGCCCGCAAGGUCCGUCGCGUGCUCGUGCCCGCGCGCGACAACGCCGUCGUCAACCGCCUCAACAAGACGCGCGUCGAGAAGAGGCCCGACCUGAAGCGGGACCGCGACGACCGGCUGCAGGUCCUGCGGCGCAGGGAGCAGGACGCCCUGCAGGCGAGGACGGGCGUGCCGGGAACCUCGAAAGAGCUCACUAACCCUCGUCUUUUGCACGGGCAGAGAAAAGAAGAGGCGCGGCAGGCGCAGGACUGGAAGGAAAAGAAGUGGGCAAAGGACCAUGCGUACGAUGACAUGUUCAGCGAGGAGAACAUGGCCGCUUCUAGUAAUCAGGACCGCGAUGCGAAUUGGGAAGACGACUUUAUGUGA